AAAUUUUAAUUCCAGUUAACCAGUGACAUUCCAUCGCUCGUCGGCCAUACUUCAACUAGAGUGGAAUUUUUCUCUCACACAAAUCACAAUUCAUUCCGUUAUAUUUUUGCCGUAUGAUCGUAUUUUUCGUCUCGCAAGAAAGAAGUGUGUUUCCGUAAAAGUGUUUGGAAAAUACAAAAAAAAAAAAUAAAGAUAAAAAAAUACAAAAAUUUCCAUUAUCUCAGAAAGAAAGAAGUGUCGUCAAUCGUUUGUGGUGGCAAAAUGUGUGUUUUGUGUUGUUUUGCUUGUUGUUGCUCUGGAGUUUAAUCUAACCUUCUAAAAACCCUCAACCCAACCACCCUCAAGACCCAUUGAAUAAUCAAAAAAAAAAAAGAAAAAAAGAAUCCGACCAAACCAACUGACAAACAUCAAAAAGGAAGUACACCUAGUUUGUGUGUGUGCUUUGAGUUUCUUCAUCACUACAUCUGGAAUAGGUGUGUAGAGCUAGCUAGCUGGGAAAAAUUACGAUGUCUUACUGAGAGAGAGAAAUAUCUAUUUGAACCACCUCACAAUACUACACACCAGCUUCAGCAGCAGCACCACCACACAACAACACAUAAUCAAAAGAUCCAUCGCCAUGUUAAAAACUACACAUCUCCUGCCGCUUUUACUGCUGGCUUUGGCGCAUAUAACAAAAUGUGAUACAAAUCUCCCUCCAGUGUUCACACAAGUGAUGAAUAAUAUUGUUUUAUCGGAGAAUAAAACAGUUGGUUCUGUAGUUUAUCGACUAGAAGGUUAUGAUCCUGAAGGAAGUAAUGUUACUUUUGGUUCCAUUGGUUCGGAUCAUUUUAAAGUUGAUCCAGAAUCGGGAAAUAUCACAUUGAUAAAACCAUUGGAUAGAGAAGAGAAGGCAACUUUAACAUUUCUGGUAACAAUUCGCGAUCGGGUAAAUCCGGAUGGUGAAUCGGAUCAGGAUAAUGUUGUUCAAGUGCCAAUAACUGUGAUUGUAUUAGAUGAAAAUGAUAAUCCACCAGAGUUUCAAAAUGUGCCCUAUGAAGCUGAUGUGGAAGAAGAUGCACCUAUUGGUUUAACAAUAUUUGAUAAAAUUUUAGUAAAAGAUAAGGAUACUGUUGGUGAUGAUUUGGUAAUAUCUUGUGUUCCACAAGAUCAAAGUCCUGAGGCGUGCUCAAAAUUCCGUCUUGAGAUUAUACAAAGUAAACAAGAUAUUCUGCAAGCUGCUGUGGUGCUUAAUGAUUCAUUAAAUUACAAUCAACGAAUGAUUUAUCAUUUCCAGAUUGAAGCUACGGAUGGAGUCCAUGUUGCCCAUACCAAUUUUGAAGUACGUGUUAAGGAUAUACAAGAUAAGCCUCCAGUCUUCCAAGGUUCUUUAUCGACAGUUAUCGAUGAAGACAGUCCUAUUGGGACAUUAGUUUUGAAAAUUCAAGCACGUGAUGGUGAUACCGGAGAGCCCAGAAAGAUUGUUUAUGAUCUCUUGACAAAUCCAAUGGACUAUUUUCUUUUGGAUGAACGAACCGGAGAAUUAAGAACCGCAAAACCCCUAGAUCGAGAAGCUCUUAACGAUAGCACUGGACUUAUAUCUUUGUUGAUUAGGGCACGAGAACUAAUCGACGGAGUCCCUGGAAAUGAUAAUCUCACUAUGGCAACGGCACAAGCAACUGUUACAAUUCGCGAUGUUAAUGAUUCACCACCAAUGUUUAAUAAAAAAGAAUAUGAAGUAUCCUUGUUGGAAAAUACUGCUCCAGGAACACCUUUGGCAUUGGACAUGAAUGUAACCGACCGAGAUGUGGGCAUUAAUUCAAAAUUUUCCCUUCGCUUGGAUGAUGUCUCUGGAGUCUUCGAAGUUGAACCAAAGUUCGUGACGGGAUUCUCGCAAGUAAACAUUCGCGUUGGCGAUGGAACUUUAGACUAUGAGAAUCCCAAUCAGAGGAAGUUUAUUGUUUUGGUUAUUGCUGAAGAAACUGAAACAAAUCCGAAACUUUCAUCGACCGCAACAAUUACCAUUUCCGUUGUAGAUGCAAAUGAUAAUAAACCAAUCUUCGAACGAGAAUCUUAUUCAGCCUCUAUUUCCGAAUCGUCACUUCCUGGUCAAUACAUCACAUCGAUUACCGCUAAAGAUAUCGAUUCCGGAAACUAUGGUGAUGCUGGUAUACGAUAUAGUAUAUCCGGUACUGGCUCGGAAUUAUUUCAUGUUGAUGAAGAAACUGGUGUUAUCACUCUAGCUGACUGUGAAAAAUCAGCAGGAGCAACAACAACAACCAACCAAAAUGGCAAUGUUGAACUUGUUAGAAGGAAACGUGCCGAUUUCGAUGAGGACGAAUAUGAGGUUGAGAGAAGUGCCGGAGAGCAAAAAGUCAACAUAUCGACAAAUGGGUUGAGUGGGUUGUUAAAUAUUGAAAUAAGUACUGAACCUGCUGUUGAAUAUACGGUAAUUAAUACAAAGGACGAAAUGGAAAAUAUCAAAAAGAAAACCAUUGCUGCUGCUGGUGUGGCUGCUUCUGCUGCUUCAGCUUCCACCACCCCGGAUGUUUUUGAAGUAUCGAAUUCCAAUGAAGUAACUAACGAAGUGGUAUCGGAACCACCACAAAAGACGUGCUUGGACUAUGAAACUGAAACAACAUAUUUUUUGUCGUAUAAGGCAACUGAUGAUAAUGGAAAGGGUCAGACAUCGGUGGUAUCUUUAAGGAUAUCAGUAACAGACUCAAAUGAUUCACCACCAGUUUGUGAGAGUCCUUUGUAUAGAGCAUCGGUGGAUGAAGGGUCGACAGUUUUUGAUUCACCCUUAGUUGUGAAGGCAAGGGAUGCUGAUACUGUGUCCGAUAUUACGUACAGAAUAAUUGGCAACGAACAAAUUGAUAGUAUAUUCGAUAUUGACAAACGAUCUGGCCAAGUUACAAUCAAACCUGAUGCAGUUUUAGAUGUAAAUCAUUUGAAAUCCGACAAUUUAAUAUUUUCCGUUGAAGCCAAUGAUGGUGUGUUCUCUGUUAAUUGUGGCAUCAAUAUUACUGUGCGUGAUGUCAACAAUCAUGCACCGAAAUUCUUAUCCGAUACAUAUUCGGCAAUUGUUGAAGAAAAUUCCGAAAUUGGAACGAGUGUGGAACGUUUACAAGCAACAGAUUUGGAUUCUGGAAUUAAUGCUGAAUUAAAAUACCGCAUCCAACAAGGAAAUUUUGAUGAUUUUCGCAUCGAUGAAAACUCUGGAGAGAUUUUUGUUUCAAGGAAGUUAGACUACGAUCGAAGGAAUACGUAUCAAUUGGAAGUUUUAGCCACUGACAUGGGAACACCAAGCCUAUCAGGAACUGCUACGUUAACAGUAACAAUAAUCAAUAGCAAUGAUAAGGAUCCUUACUUUACACCAGCUACACAACGUGCUGAGGUCCGAGAAGAUGUCCCAGUUGGCACAGUAGUCUACACUUUGGUAGCAAUUGAUCCCGAUGUUGAUACACAUACAGCAUUAGAAUUUGCUGCAACCGAUCCAAUAACAGCUAUUGACAAAGAUGGCAAUGAAUUAGAGAAUGCUGAUGAACUUAAAGAAUAUUUUGCAGUUAAUCGUAAUGGAAAAGUUGUUGUCAAUAAGAAAUUAGAAAGAAAUAUAUUUGCGGUUAUUCGUAUAACAGUUUUGGUAACUGAUAGCACAGCUCCAACAACACAACAAGGAAAAGGAUUAUUAAUUAUUUCCAUUAUUGAUGUUAACGAAAUUCCACCGAAAUUCAAUCUUCCAUGGACCCCCGAAAAUCCCAUAAUCAAACUGCAAAUGGUCGAAGAACAACCAAUUGGUUCAGUUCUAACAACACUUCAAGCCAUCGAUGAAGACUCAACCAUUGGCGAAUAUAGCAUUUCACCAAAUCCAUAUUUUGAAAUAAACCGAACAACUGGAGUGAUCACUUCAACAGCUCGAAUCGAUUAUGAAAUAAUCAAAGAAGUUCGUUUCACGGCCACAGUCACAGAUACUGGUGUGCCACAAUUAAAUUCAACCGCCGAAGUUAUUGUCGACAUAAUCAAUUUAAAUGACAACGAACCCCAUUUCACUCAAUCCGAAUAUUACUUUAAUGUAACUGAAAAUUCACCGCGAGGAACUGUCGCUGGCAAAGUAGAAGCUUUCGAUGGUGAUAGUGGUGUCUUUGGAGAAAUAACAUACUCAUUGAUUGGAGAGAAUAAUAAGUAUUUCUUAAUUGAUGCUUAUACAGGGAGUAUAAUGGUUGCCGAUUCAAGUAUAUUGGAUAGAGAGAAGACAAGUCGGAUAACAUUGACUGCUGUUGCACAGGAUAAAGCACCACCCACUUUGCAGAAAUCUGCUACAGCUUCUAUUUUUAUUAAUGUCCUUGAUGUGAAUGAUAAUCCACCGGUAUUUACCCAAAACGAAUAUACAUCUACUGUUGCUGAAAAUGCUGCUUUAGAUCCACCAGCAAAACUUCUCCAAGUUAGAGCCGAUGAUCUUGAUACAGGAGUCUUUGGAGAAGUUCGAUAUUUCAUUAUAAGUGGAAAUGAAAAGGAACUUUUUAAAUUGGACUCACAUUCAGGAAUAAUAUAUCCUGCCCAGAGUCUGCAAGACAAAAAGGGUAUAUACAAUUUAACAGUAUCUGCUCGUGACACUCAAGGCGCUGGAACAUUCGAAAGUACUGCAUCGGUUGUGAUAAAUGUCCUUGGAGUCAAUCAACAUCAUCCAGUGUUUGUUAUUCCGGCAUUAUCGAAUGCAACAAUUGAAAUUCCUGGCGAUGUCAUUAAGGAAGACUACUUAAUUAUGACUGUUAAGGCUAAUGACAAUGACACCGGAGAAGAUGGACGAAUUUCAUAUCAUCUUCAGACAAAUAAUCAAAAUGUUCAAGAAACUGAUGAAUUUGUUAUUAGCAAGUUUACUGGAGAAUUAAGGAGCAAAAAGGAACUCCAUCGGAAAGAUAGAGCCAACUAUGAUUUGAUUUUAGUUGCACAAGAUCAUGGCACACCAAAACCAUUUGAAACACUUCGUUUUCUCAGUAUCAGUAUUGUUGAUGCAAAUGAAAAUCGACCAGAAUUCCCCGAUACUGCCAAUCCGUAUAAGGUUUCAAUUAAUGAGAAUAGCGGAAGGGAAGUUAAAGUUGGUCGUAUUCAAGCUUCAGCUAGAAGUAAAAAUAGCAAGGAUAUUUUCUACUACAUGCUACUUGGCAAUGAGGAUGGAGCCUUUUUUGUGGAUAAAACAACAGGAGAUAUAUUUACCAAUAAAUCGCUUGAUAGAGAAGUGACUGAUUUUUACACGCUCUACAUCUUGGCAAGUACAAAUCCAGAUUUGCAUAUAUCCGAAGAAGAGCGAGCAUCAUUUUCAAUAAAAACUCUCGAAAGAGACAAUACAGUUGCCAAAGUUCUAAUUACAGUUCUCGAUGUUAAUGAUAAUGAACCAAUUUUUGAAAAAAAGGUCUACUAUGCUGGAAUAAAUGCAAAAUCAUCUCUAAAUGGUUUUGUAACAGUUGUCAAUGCCACCGACAAGGAUUAUGGAAAAAAUGCUAAAAUCGAAUACAUGAUUAUUGCAUCGAAUUUGUACAAAUAUGGAUCAAGCAAGUCAACUGGUUCAAUUGUACCAAGUCCAUUUAGUAUUUCACCUGAAGGUCGAAUAACAACAUCAGCAUUUAUGGCUGAAUAUAAUCAAGAUCGUUUUGAACUCGAAGUUAUGGCUAAAGAAGUUGAACCCCCAGAGAGAUCAGCUAAAGUUAAAGUCAAUAUUUGGAUCUUUGAUUCAUCUCAACUUAUUCGAAUAAUUCUCUCGCGACCACCCGAAGAAGUCUAUCAAGAACAAGAUGAAAUUAUUGCCGAAUUGCGUAAUGCCACACAACAUCGAAUUAUUGUCGAUGAAAUACGCUUCCAUGUGGAUUCUAUGGGACGCAUUCGAAUGGAUUGGUGUGAUUUGUUCUUCCAUGCUGUCGAUGAAAGCCAGCAAAUUGCUCCUGUCGAUGAUAUUUUGAAAGUUAUUGAUGCUAAUUAUGAUUAUUUGAGAGACUAUUAUUCUGGCUAUGCGAUAGAAAAUGUUGUCCCAGCUUACAUAACAAUUGUCCAAGAAGAAUUCGACUUGGCAUUGGCUGGUUUGGUGGCACUAAUUAUUGUUUUGUUUGUUGGAGUAAUAAGUUUUAUUGUUCUAUGCUGUUGCCUGAAACAUUGGAAUCUAUCUGUGCCAGUGGAGAAUCGUCGCAAAGAAGCUUUGAUUAAAAAACAAAUAAUCGAAGAUCUUAAUACAACAGAAAAUCCACUUUGGAUUGAACAAAAACUAAAACUUUAUGAAGAACAAGAAUUAACAAUGCAGGUAUUCUCAGAGCCAGAUCAUAGUUCGAAUUCUGAUGGUGCACCGGCACAAUUGGACAGAAGAAAUUCUAUUGAACAUGCACAUCAUCCAGUAGACAAUACUUAUGCCACGAUUCAGCCUAGAAAUGCUGAUAAUCAUCCGAUGAAUGAUUUUGCUGAUUAUGCAACGCUUAGAAAUAACAGAGCACCUUCGAUGUACGAAUUCACAGGCUCAACAUUCCAAGCUCCAAUAAGAGAAGGUGACGAUGCUGUUGCUGAACUUAUAUAAAAAUACUCUCCUGAUACAAUUUAAAACAACAACAAAACAAAAAAUACAUAUAUGCUAUUGUAUUGCUAUACAAAAUAUUUAUAUACAUAUUUAAAAUAUAUAUAUAAAUAUAUACAUACAUAAUAAAUGUAUAUAUUUUGAGUACAUAAAAAAAAAAACAA